CACCUCUUCAUCUCUCAAAGCCUGCAACUUGCAAAGAUAGAGUUCAUCAAGAGAUAGAUAGAUUUCAAACCCAUUUGCCCUUUUUUGAUUUUGAACCCUUUUGCCAUACAAGCACACACAUACCAAAACCCUCAAAUGAAGCUUGCUUUGGUUGUCUCUCUUCUACUUCUUCUACCCUUCUUCCUUCAACAAGCUCAAGGGAUUCGACCCGAGAAGGGAUUUCUUGAUCAACAACAGAAAUCUGAUAAGCUAGUGGUGGUGGUGGUGGAGAAGAAGAGCUCAUCAUCAUCACCAUCAAUGGAGGAAAGAAGUAGUCCUAAUGAUCAUGAUAGCAAUGGAAGAGUACUAGUAGUGGGAGAAGAUGGAGUAGUUGUGUGCAAAGAAGGGCAGGAAUGUAAAAAUACAGGCUACGAGAGUAUUAUGAACGAUGGAGAGCUCGUCAACCAUGGCGCCGAUUCCACAAGUAUAGGUGCCUCAAAGAAAGAUGAAGGCAAAGAUGGAGCCACCACGACCACCACCGGAGAAAGAGGCGACGACGGUGGCCCGGCGAAGAAGUUUCUGUCGGAAGCCCAUUCCGAUAGCAACCACCACGGCCAUCAUAAUGAAGAGAACGUUAAUGGCGAAGGCUACAUGGAUAUGAUGGAUGUAGCUGAAAUGGACUACUCAACGGCUCGAAGAAAACCUCCAAUACACAACUAGCUAUAUAUAAACAGUUAAUUUUUUGAAAGAGUAGUGUUGAUCAAUGAUAUAUCAACCUCACUUCAAGAAUUUUAAUUGUUAUAUAGGAAAAUUAUAAAUGUAGAAAUAUGGACAGUUAUAUUAUUCCAAUUUUUUUUUUUAAUUUAGG